AUGGUUGAGUUGGUGUUGAUACAGCAGGAGAUGAAAUUCAUUCAUGGGUUUUGUAGCUCGACUGAAGUUAUUGCAGUCCACGCAACUGGUUUUGGUGGUUUAAGCAUAGAAGCCGAGUUACAGGGAGAUGGUCAGAUUACAAGAGUUGUGUGGGUUCAUUAUGAGCUUGAAUGGAAUGGCAGCUUCAGUGAAGGAAUGGGAAGGUUUUGCAGUGGUAGUGGCAAUGGAACUGAAGGUGAUCUUUCUGUUGAAACCCAAACUAAGGUGGUGAAUUCAUCUUCCUCAAAAUCUGAAGAAAUUCUUAUCAAAAUCAAAAUCAGUUCUGUUGAAACCCAAACUAAGGUGGUGAAUUCAUCUUCCUCAAAAUCUGAAGAACUUCUUAUCAAAAUCAAAAUCAGAAUGUCGACUGAGACUGCCAAAUGGUGUAAUAGUUUGGAAAAAAGCCUAUGUGAACUUUUGAUAGUUCAAAUACUUGGUGGUAAGAAGCCUAAAUCAUUUGUGAAAGAAGCUUGGAUUGAAGUAAAAGAUGAAUUCAACAAGAAAAAUGGACAGAAUUUUACUAUGGAUCAAAUUAAGAAUAGGUAUAAUUUGUUCAGGGUUAGACACAAUGACAUGAAGAAGCUCAUGUCCCUUAGUGGCUUUGAAUGGGAUUCGGAAGAUAAAAAGAUUAUAGUUGACGACGAAGGAGUGUGGGAUGCAUAUCUUGGGGAAUACCCGGAUAAAAAAAAUUAUAAGACAAAUGGUUGCCCUAUCUAUGAAGAGUUGUGUACCAUUUUUGGCGGUUCAACUGUAACUGGUUCUAAUGCGUAUGCUUCGGCUCAGAGCGUAGAUGAUGAUACUCCAGUUAAGUCCUCGAGGCAGGGGUCGUCCGUUGUUGGGGUGGAAGAAGUAAGUGAAAGCUCAACAGAGAAAGCUAAUGAAAGAGGAAAGCGAAAAGCUCCAGCAACAAUUGAUUAUGGUCAAACUAAGAGAGCUACAAGUACUGCUGGUAUGAGUGAAGCUUUGUUUGCUAUUGCUGAUGCCACAAAAGCUAAACAUGUUAUUGAUUUGGAUAAGGAUCCUUUUUCAAUUCCAAAUUGUACAAAGUAUUUGCAAUCUCUUGAUGGCGUGAGUGUUCGAUGUUUAAUGGGGGCGUUAGAGAAGUUUCAAGAUGCUGGAUGGAGACAAGUUUUUAUGUCACUAGAUCCUAAUAAUCAGAAGGAAUGGCUGAAGAGUCUCGGGUCUUAG